AAUGCUCCGGUGAGAACUGAUUUCUUGAAGCCUGUGAAACGAGUUUACCUAUUUCUACUUUAAGUAAUCAGCAAUGGGAUUGAAUAACUAACUCACUGGCGUUCCAUUACCCUGUGCUUUGAGAGUCGUCGGUACCGGAAUCAGUAAAUUGCUUAAACCGGCGACCCGUGACUGCUUCCAGGAAUCGGAAGUGACGUCAUCACUGGGCGCCCGGCAAAAGACAUUGACCUAACGAGGGGAGAAAGAGGAUGCUAAGCCGGCUGCAGGAACUCCGCAAGGAGGAGGAAACGCUGCUUCGUCUGAAGGCGGCCUUGCACGACCAACUGAACCGCCUCAAGGUUGAAGAAAUGGCCCUCCAAUCCAUGAUAAGUUCUCGCAGAGGGACUGAAACGCUGUCUACUCGGCCUGCGCCUGAACAGUGUGAUAUGUCGGUGCAUGUCGACAAUGAAGCAUCAAUCAAUCAAACCACACUGAAGCUGAGUACAAGGACCCCUAUGGAGGAAGAGGAGGAGGAGGAGGAGGAGGAAGAGGAAGAAUCUGAUUCGUAAGGGGGACAAGAGCUUGGAUGAGGUGCACGUCUGAACAGAGACAAGCAUGGGAGAGGCCUGAAAGCAACAUGGCAUGCCGCUGGGCAGAGGAGUUCCUCUUUGCUGCUUCCCAAAGGCUCAGAUGCUAGCGGCGUGGGUUGGUGUGCUGGGCUGGUU